AGAAGGACGAUCGGAGAGCGAGGAUCCUAGCAUGGAGAGUGGGCAACUCAAUCUUGUUGCUUACGGCCAGCAAUUCGUGUCAAUCGAUACGCACGUGUCAGCGAGUGAAGACCAGCACAACGAGGUGCAGAACAACUGCAUGACUCCGCCUGCAGCGUCCAAACGCAGGUACGACGACGCUGAACCUGUCAGCCGCAGCGUAGGCGGUGACCGCUUGCCACGGCGCUCGCUCGAGGCCUUCGAUGUUGAACCGACGGUCAAUAUCAGCGCACGAAUCGAGAGCAAUUUCGUUGCUGCUGAGCGGUCACAUCAACACGUCUUGGAGGUUCUCGAAAGCGUCAGGUUGAAGCUGACAACAGACGACACCACAACUCCUGCACUUCUAAGCGUUUUAGCCCAUCUGCUAAACCAGCUCCUGGAUGAGCGUAGAGCAGCCCAUGAAGCCCUCACUGCUGCACGUAAUUUGCAGUUCGACGCUCAAGUAAUGUUGCGGCAACUGCAGGCUAACAUGAAGCACAUUGAUCAAAUUAAAGAAAUUCAUUCCAACGAACAAUCUGAACAAAAUGUAUCCAUGUGGUGCCAUAGCUUUCAGAAACAACAGUUAACUAACAUUGAACUAAAGGAAAAACUCGAACUCUUGUCGAAAGAAAACACUGAGUUGAAAUUGUCAGCUGUAGCAAAAGAAGCUCAGCUGAGAGAAAUAAUCGAAAAUUUGACUGCAAAUGUCACAUGCAGUUCGGCAGUCGGGGACGAGGAAAGAAACGGGGUUACUAAGUUAGAAACCGACGUGGCGACGAUCGCCAUCCAGACGAUCGAAUCGCAAUCGGACGAUGAAGAUUCCCGAAUAGCUCGAUACAUCGCUCAAAAUGAUGAAGUUUUGGGACAGGCUAUAACAGACCUUGAAAAACAAAGGGCAUUGAAUGAAAACCUUCAGAGAACGAUAAGGGAAAAAGAACUUACUUUGAUUUCCAAAGAACAAUUUAUCAACAAAGUAAAAAGUGAGAUGAGUCUAUACAAGACAUCACCUAAUGAACUUGCACUCACAUUGCAAGUCGACGACUCAGCUCCAGCAGCCUUCAACAGGAUUGAGUUCGCAGAGCGUGAACCGCAAAUUCCAAUUAGAGAAGAAAUUACAAUCGAAAACAGCAACCAGAUAGUGAAGCGCUAUCAGGACUUUAUAGAGAAAAUGAGUGAAGAACAUCGGGAUGAGACGAACAAGUACAAACAAGAGCUUGGCUAUGUAACCAAGGAGAGGGAUGCAGCUCUACGACGAAUCAAAGACCUUCAGUUGUAUUUGGAUUCCAUUCCGAGUCGUGAAGAUGGGAGUUUCCACCACCAACAAUUCAUUGACCAAAUUCAAGCGAUGACAGAAACGGUUCGUCUCUUAGAAAAGCAACUCUCAACAACAAGAAUCGAGAAGGCAGAUGCUGAAUCGAAGCUUGAAUCUAUUAAUGCGAAGUUGUCGAAAGAGCAGGCACGUUUCAAACACGAACUUGACAAACAAGAAGUUUCUUGCAAGAAGAAAUCCCAGCAGCAUGAGCAGGAACUCAAACAAGCCAUGAAUGAGACCAGUAGCUACAUGAAACAAAUAGAAGAGUUGAGGCAGCAGUGCAAUUCGUACAAAAAGCAGGCCUCUCAGGCCCCAACCAUAUUGCUGACUGCUUUGGUCGAGAAAAUGAGAGAAAAACUCAUCGAAAAAGACAGAAUCAUCGCUGAACUUCAGAUUAAGUGAUAACUUACUAAACAUUUUUGCUGAUGCAGUAACUUUCUAAAAAGCUAUUUGCACAAAAGCUCAAUUGGUCGAGUAAGAAAAUCUUGUGUAAAAUAAUAAUCUUUCUUUUCGAUGCGCUCAUAAGCUGCAAGGACUAUCACCAUUUUGUAAUAAAAAUAUAGUGCAAUAUAAACUGAUACAAUAUCGUAAGAAGCGCAUAGAGCUGCAUUAAGCCUGUUUUGGUUCCUCUUUUUUGCUGAUAGCUCAAUUAAUAUCUCACCCAGAGAAAUAUUGUGAAGUUUCUGCUUAUUGAGGUUCAUUUCCAUAUAUGUGUUAGAAUCCGUUUGCCAGAUAAUAUUCAUUGUUGAUCAAACAACUUCAAUGUGUUCGACAAACUGCCAAAUAUCUGUUACAACGCUGCUCAAAUUACGUUCACAUUUUGUAUUCUCAUCUUUCCUGCUCAAAAUAUUGACAGGCUGCCAAUGGCAUUUGAAUGGCCAACGUUCGACUGUCAAAAAUUUGGCUGGAAAUUCAACUUAAUCACGUAACAUGUUAAUAAACUCAUUAUCGACGUCAAACUUCGUUGAUUGUUUUCUAGCUUAAUUAAGGCGUGAGUGAUUAAUCAUUUUAAAAUGUGUGAAUUUCUUUAGCCCAUUCUUUGCAUCUUUGUCAUUUCAGCUAUAAUAGGAAAAAAACAUUCAUGAGAGAUUGUUCGAAGUAGAUGCUUCCCAAACCUCAAACUUUUCGGUAAUGCAUGAUCCAACGAACAAAAUAAAUGUAUAAGUGGUAGAUUUAUACCCAUUCAAUACUAUACUAUAAACCUGUUCAUAUAUGUAAUGGAGCACUGGGCCACAAUUAAGUACCGGCAAACUUUUUGAUUUUAAUUUCUCAAAAGUCUUUCAAAUUUACCCUUAACUGCAGUACAAACAUGAAUAUGUACUAAUCGAGUUUCACUAGCAAUGAAGUGACUAUUUUAUAGCCGUGCAUAUUAUAAUUUUCUAAGAUAAUAACAGAUGAUGCUGUUCAUGGUAAAUAUAGUCCCUGAGAUUUGAAAAUCUUGUUCUCUCUAAUCCUUUUUCAAAUAAUUGGUUAGUAAUUCUCGGACUAAAUUAGUGUUGAAUAUAGAAUCCCUAUUCACGCCAUAUUUGAGCAUAAAACUUCCAUUUGAAUCCCAUCUCCGAAAUCAUAAGAAACCGACUUUUAAUAUUUUUAAAUAAAGUUA